AGCAAGAGUUCCAAAAUAAUAAUAUUAUUUUGGAACCGAUUUUCCUGCGAUUCAAGAAAUCCUAGAUUUUGGGAUGUCUUAUGAUGUCGUAGCUAUGAAUCUUCGAAACAUUAUAUCGUAGGAUUUUUACGUGUAACAUAGACUUAGUACAUCUGCUUUGGAUCCUGAAGUUGUGGGAACCAUGGAUAAAUCUGUCCUUGCAGGUGGAGUUUUAUGUUUUAUCGCAGAUCUAUUCGCCAUUGCUUCGCUCGCGAUGCCUGAGUGGGUCAUUUCUAAGUUUUCAGGGCCUUAUUCAACCUAGCAGCUAUUGUCUUUCCCCUUGGUUUUCACAUGCCAGAGAUCGGAGGAGUACCAUUUAAGUUACCAAAUGGAACAAGUGUCGGCCCAUCCUUUAUCAUGUUUAUCUUUUGUAUCAUAAUGACUGUUGCUUCAGAACUCUUUUUAUUCAAGAUUUGCCCUUUGCUUCUUAGAAAUGCAUGAAAUAUAGAGCUUUUAACCGUGAUGUAAAUUUUACGGAAAAAAGACUUCCAGGUCCAAAACGGUUUGUACGAUUUGUUUAAAGUUUUAAUUGUUUCAGGUGUCAAAUUUUUUUUUGCGUUAUUUGAGUGGUUUUUUCCAUGAGCAGUAAUGGACCCAGAAAUAUGUUUGCACAAUGAUUUCCCAUUUUCAGGCCACAUAUCAUUUUGAGAUUAAUGAUUUCUUUGUUUGAAUGUCAUCCAUACAUAAUAAUGUAUCUGCUCAAGCAUUACUAAUGAACACAAAAGUAUUAAUACUCAAGGAAAUGACAUGAGGUCUGAAAUGGAAAACAGUGCAUUACGUCUAGAAGGACAAAAUUUUGACAGCUGUUCAUUGUAAAAAUAAUCUAAUUAUCCAAAUAUUUCUAUCAUUUGUAUGGGGAUCACAUAAAAAAGAUAUUGAAAACAAAAGUUUCUUAAUAGCAAAGCUUGUUACAUGUCUAUAUAAGUUUUACAUGUUUCAAAAAUCCAGCAGCUGAAAGAGAGAAAAGAAAAAGAUUUUGAAAUAGGGGUACAAAAAAAUAAAUAAAUAAAUAAAUUGACAUACAUGAUGCAUGAACCUAAAAUAUAUUAGUCAUUUUUGGGAAAGAAGUUGAGAGUAUGAAAGGUAAAAUAGGGUCUCAUUCAGGGUACACACAAAGCCAAUGAUCCUCACACACAUGAUCCUCACACACUACGUACAUCCAACAUCCUUUAUUUAUACACACCACACUAAACCACCCUAAACACAUUCUACAUUAAAUAUCCAGAGUCACUCAAGUAUACAUUCAAUUGUAUUGUUUUGAAUUACUUGCCCCAAAUUUGUUGUUAGGUUGUUUAAGGUUAAGGUGUCACACAACCUUAUUGAUUGAAUUUGGGGUCUUAUUGUUUUUGUACAGUAUUUUUUAUUAAUAUAUUGUAUAUACUAGGGGAUAGGCCCACUUGAUCCGCCUUGCUAUGUCCCUCAGUGUAAUGUGUCAGAAGUUAGCUGUGAUAAUGCACUUGCUUGACACAUGGUACUUGUUGAACAAAUUCCUGUGGUUACAUUAUCUUGUGUAUGGAUGUUCUUUUUAUUUAAUUAAAGAAUAGCAGUAGAUA